CUUCUAAAAUUUUCAAACUCAUUUUAUCUCAAACACUUUAACCUCCUUAAAAAUCGAGAUCAUCCGGAUACCGUCAUGCGGAAGAUGUUUUUUUAUGCAAAAUUUAUUUGGAAAUUUCGCAAGAUCCAAUCUCUGGUAUUUUGCAAAGUUCCGAUCAAUUCUGGUCACGAAUAGAAGAAAAAUACAAUGAAGAUAAAAAAACCUACAUUCGGAAUACGUACUAAACGCCCAUCAACUAGCUGAUACCGGCUAAUUGAGAAAGGUGUAAGAAAAUUAAUCGGGUGCGUUAGACAAAUUGAAAGAAUGCAUCCUAGUGGUGCUUCAAAUGAAGACAUUUUAAGGCAAGAAAAAACAUUAUUGGAGGAAGAUAAGACUUAUAUCAAAGGUUUCAAAUUUGAUCAUGUGUGGCACAUAAUGAAAGAUUUUGAAAAAUUUAAUGGUACAAAUCAAGUUUUGAGAAAUAAUCAAAACGUCAAUAAAUCCGUAGAAUCGCAGGCUCAAAAUCCUAAUUAUGGAACUCCCGCAUCACCUGGCCUUUCAUCAUUUUCAAUCUAUUUAGAUGCAUCUAAUGCAGGUGGUUCUUUAUCUACACGUCCCAUUGGCGUUAAAAAGGCAAAAUCGAAGAGAAAAAUGGAGGAAGAUUCAAAAGAGUCAAAAUUACAUAAAAAAUGCAACUGCUUUUGGAAGAAAAUAGACAAGUUGUUGACAUGUUGAAAAAGGCUAAUACCAAAAGUGAGAGAAAAGCGGCAAUCCAAGAAUUCAAAGAAGAAAAUGAGAUUUUAUUUGCGGAUCUUAAUCCUAUUGAAGAUCGUCAGUUUCGUGCAUUUAUGAUAGCAGAAAAAAGAAAAAUUAUGGAUAAAAGAGGUCAACAACACCAACCACCGCCUCCUACACCAAAACAAUUUUAAUAGUUAUUUUAAUAAUUUUGGUGGAUCAAGCUCCGAUUUACCAUAAUAUUAAAUGAUGGAGUCUGCCUUCUGAACCGGUGAGUGAACCUGCAAAACAGGGUAGAAGCUAACCGGACGGUGGUUGUCCGAUUAACUCUCCGAUGCUAAAGUCAGUCUAGAGCUUUGAGCAGCGUUUUGAGUAUGUGAAUGUAAUUGUGAUUCUAGGCAUACCUCGUGCUCCUUUUAUAGUAGUCGAAUAUACCUAGUAGAGUUGUAUUAGGCAGGUGAAUCCUACUUUGUAGGGAUUCGGCCGUAUCGCAGGGAUUCUCCUGAUUUGUCGAGAUCUACCUUAAUCUGAUAAGAGUCCUAUUUAGGAACGUCUUCCUAAAUAGUCUUAUCUUCCUAAAGUAGAGCUUAUCCUUCCAUAUGUAGUGUUUGUGUCCAAAUAGGACAAUAUUUCCAUAUUCAGUCGUUUACCCGAAUCCCGGACCUGACGCGCUCUUGGCGGAUCAUGUGGGAUUCGGUCUUUAUUAGUGUAUUACC